AUGGCUGCCGUUGCCAUGGCACCCAACCCUGUGCAGACCCUUCAGGAGGAGGCGGUGUGCGCCAUCUGCCUCGAUUACUUCACGGACCCCGUGUCCAUCGGCUGCGGGCACAACUUCUGCCGAGUGUGUGUAACCCAGUUGUGGGGAGGGGAGGAUGAAGAGGACAGAGAAGAGUUAGACCGGGAGGAAGAGGAGGAGGACGCAGAGGAGGAAGAAGUGGAGGCUGUGGGGGCCGGUGGGGGCUGGGACACCCCCAUGCGCGAUGAAGACUAUGAGGGCGACAUGGAGGAGGAGGUCGAGGAGGAAGAAGAGGGUGUGUUCUGGACCAGUGGCAUGGGCGGAUCCAACUGGGACAACAUGGACUACGUGUGGGAGGAGGAGGAGGAGGAGGAAGACCUGGACUACUACUUGGGGGACAUGGAGGAGGACCUGAGGGGAGAGGAGGAGGAGGACGAGGAGGAAGUGCUGGAGGAGGACGAGGAAGAGGAGCUAGAUCCCGUCACCCCCUUGCCCCCGCCUCCAACUCCGCGGAGGUGCUUCACCUGCCCUCAGUGCCGCAAGAGCUUUCCUAGGCGGAGCUUCCGGCCCAACCUGCAGCUGGCCAACAUGGUCCAGGUGAUUCGGCAGAUGCACCCAACCGCUGGUCGGGGGAGCCGUGGGAACGAGCAGGGCAUUUGUCCCAAACACCAAGAAGCCCUGAAGCUCUUCUGCGAGGUGGAUGAAGAGGCCAUCUGUGUGGUAUGUCGAGAAUCCAGGAACCACAAACAGCACAGCGUGGUGCCAUUGGAGGAGGUGGUGCAGGAGUACAAGGCCAAACUGCAGGGGCAUGUGGAACCACUGAGGAAGCACCUGGAGGCUGUGCAGAAGAUGAAGGCCAAGGAGGAGAGGCGGGUGACAGAGUUGAAGAGCCAGAUGAAGUCAGAGCUGGCAGCUGUGGCCUCAGAAUUUGGGCGGCUGACACGGUUUCUGGCCGAAGAGCAGGCAGGGCUAGAGCGGCGCCUCCGAGAGAUGCAUGAAGCUCAGCUGGGGCGUGCAGGAGCAGCGGCCAGCCGCCUCUCAGAGCAGGCUGCCCAGCUGAGCCGCCUGCUGGCUGAGGCCCAGGAGCGAAGCCAGCAAGGGGGCCUGCGGCUGCUCCAGGACAUCAAGGAGACUUUCAAUAGGUGUGAAGAGGUACAGCUGCAGCCCCCAGAGGUCUGGUCCCCUGACCCGUGUCAACCCCAUAGCCAUGACUUCCUGACAGACGCCAUCGUGAGGAAAAUGAGCCGGAUGUUCUGUCAGGCCGCCCGAGUGGACCUGACGCUGGACCCUGACACGGCUCACCCGGCUCUGAUGCUGUCUCCCGACCGCCGGGGGGUCCGCCUGGCAGAGAGGCGGCAGGAGGUUGCUGACCAUUCCAAGCGCUUCUCGGCCGACUGCUGCGUGCUGGGGGCCCAGGGCUUCCGCUCUGGCCGGCACUACUGGGAGGUAGAGGUGGGUGGGCGGCGGGGCUGGGCGGUGGGUGCUGCCCGUGAAUCAACCCAUCACAAGGAGAAGGUGGGCUCUGGGGGGUCCUCUGUGGGCAGUGGGGAUGCCAGCUCCUCUCGCCAUCACCACCGCCGCCGCCGCCUCCACCUGCCCCAGCAGCCCCUGCUCCAGCGGGAAGUGUGGUGUGUGGGCACCAAUGGCAAACGCUACCAGGCACAAAGCUCAACGGAGCAGACACUGCUGAGCCCGAGUGAGAAACCACGGCGGUUUGGCGUGUACCUGGACUAUGAGGCUGGGCGCCUGGGCUUCUACAAUGCAGAGACUCUGGCUCAUGUGCACACCUUUUCGGCUGCCUUCUUGGGCGAGCGUGUCUUCCCUUUCUUCCGGGUGCUCUCCAAGGGCACCCGCAUCAAGCUCUGCCCUUGA